AUGAUGGUCCUCGAGACCGACGAGCCGCACCCCGAGGAGCACAAGCGCCGCGGCAGCUUCGCCAAGAUCCUCCACCACCACUUCGCCAGCGCCGGCGAGUCCCACGAUCCUCCGCUCGAUGUCGACACGGACAAGCGAUUCGUGGUCGAGGACAAAGGCGGUCGCGUCCCCAAGUUUGACGACUUCGAGGGCUGCCACGCCGUUCUCAUCACCGGCAGUACCUAUGAUGCGCACGGAGACACGCCUUGGGUCGUGGACCUGCUUUGUCUCCUUACAGAACUUUGGAAACGUCGACCUGACAUUCACUUUAGCGGCGUCUGCUUUGGCCACCAGCUCCUAUGCCGCAUGCUCGGCGCCACCGUGGGACCUGCCCCGGACGGGAACUGGGAAAUCGGCCACUCGAGCAUCUCCCUCACCCCCAUCGGGCAAAAGCUAUUCCACGUCGACGAACCCGAGAUAUAUCUACAUCAGAUGCAUCAGGAUCAGGUCGUUGAAGCGCCCACGCCCGAAACGGCCAACGGGCUACUGGAGAAGGAUACCAAGGUGCACGUGUGGGGGAGCAGCGAGCAUACGAGCGUUCAAGGGUGUACAUACAAAAACGGCUUUUCACGACGCAGGCCCAUCUCGCGUUCGACGAGACCAUGGUCAAGAGAGAUUGAGUUGCGCAUCAAGAGCGGUAGCAUCACGGCUGAUGACCGGGACGAGGUGACACAAGCGAUGGAGACGGCCCACUUGGAGCACGAUGGUAUCGCUGUUGCGGCGGCCAUUUUGAGGUUUUUCCACGACGAAGACGAUGACAUAGAGUAA